UCCUAGGCGCCUGGGUCAGCUGACCCGAGGGGGUGAUCGAGCCGUUCUAGGCCGCUUCUCUCGGCCUCCGAGUCGCCGCCGCCAUGGCCAGCCAGUCGCAGGGCAUCCAGCAGCUGCUGCAGGCCGAGAAGCGGGCAGCCGAGAAGGUGUCGGAGGCCCGCAAGCGAAAGAACCGGAGGCUGAAGCAGGCCAAAGAAGAGGCUCAGGCUGAGAUUGAACAGUACCGCCUGCAAAGAGAGAAGGAGUUCAAGGCCAAGGAAGCUGCGGCUCUGGGCUCCCACGGCAGCUGCAGCACCGAGGUGGAGAAGGAGACCCAGGAGAAGAUGACCAUCCUGCAGACCUACUUCCGGCAGAACAGGGAUGAAGUCCUGGAUAACCUCUUGGCCUUUGUCUGUGACAUCCGGCCAGAAAUCCACGAAAACUACCGCAUAAACGGAUAGGGGACGAAGGAGCAGCUGUGCGCGCGGAUUGGCGUCUUCGGUGCCUCCGUGCUUACGAGGCUCCGGCAAAGCUUGAGUUACGUUCUUGUGGAAAGGCAUUAAAUUAUUUCUGUAUGUUGUGAAGUAGGUCCCUUCACUUUUUGGAGAAUAGCAGAUCUAGCUUCGUUGUACAAACUUAGAGCUUAUCCAAAGAUUUUCUCCUUUUACCUCAUAUUUCUUAGAAAUUUAAAGUGUAUACAUUGUCUGUUUUCCUAUGCCUUUUAGCUCAAGCAACAUAUAUAUCAUAUCAAUACUUUUUCUUUCUUAGAUGUAGUAAGAAAAAAACCCACUUUUUUUUUUUUUUAAAGAAAGAAAGGGAUUAAAUAUUUUUUUUUUCCCUAUAGCUUUCUUAAAGGUCAGGGGCUUUAUCUAUGAAAAAGUAGUAAAUAGUUAUUUGUAAUUUGUGCAAAGCAGCAACCAGCCUUAAACUAGUCCUUUCUGGCUAAGGGUUAGAACAAUGAAUACUAGCUUAGCUGUUCGGGCUGCUUUUAGUUUCUCUUAACGUUACUAGCUGAUAGAAUUCAAGAGCUUGUUACCUGUUAUUACUUGGUGUACUGGUGAAUCAUUUAAAAAUAAAGACUUUGUUGUGCAUUUUUCCCUC